GAGGAGGGGCAGGCACCACCAGAGAAUGAACGAACUCUAUAGAUGUGUAUUGAUGAAAGUCACACUUGUAAACGCGAGCGUCGUCCGAUACUUCGCAGUAGAAAGUAGCAGAUGUAGCAAAUAGCCUUCAAGCUAAUGCAACUCUUUUUGGGCUGAAUUAUUAGACGACGAGACUAAAACCCAAGGACCUUUCAAUUGGUUGAAUUUCAUAAUUCGCUAGUUCAAAGAGGUAUAGGCUACACAUGCUUUAUACACGAAUUUGAAAUUGUCGCCACAAGGUCGCCGCUGUGCGCAAGACACACGGCAAUUGAAGAGUAGUCGAAGUGAGCUUGUAAAAGGUGUGGCAUCUCAAGAAGCUGAUUAAACAACAUGAUCAUUACACAGGUUCUCCUUGUGCUGGGUACAAUAAAAGCCCACUCUAAAAUGUGCAGUUAUGUCACAUAAUAGAAUGCCACAGAUGUCUCCUAAUUUUGAAGGAGUGUGCAAUUGGCAUACUGACAGCAAGACUGAAAUUAAUUUAAUGUUAAUUUCUCUACCAUAAGCUACCUCCAACGUAAUUUUAGAGAAUUUGGCAGUAUGUUCAACCGGCCUCACAAACGCAGACCAUGUGUAACCAUGCCAGCCCAGGACCUUCACAUCCAGCUUCUUCACCUGCAGGAUCGUCUGAGAUCAGCCACCUGGACAGAUGAUGAAACUGAGGAGCCUGGUGCAUGAUGGGAUCUUUUCGCCGGCCCCGUCCUCGCUUCAUGAGCUCGCCCGUGCUGACGGACCUCGCCUGCUUCCACGCCAGCUCGGUCGGCCAGCAGCUGUCCAACACCAGCGUCUGGAAUAGCGUCCAAACAGCCGUGAUCAAAGUGUUCCAGGGUGGAGGGUUGCAAGCGAAUGAGCUUUACACCCUCAAUGAGAGCAUCAGAUGGCUCCUCAAGACCGAGUUGGGCUCGUUCAUCACAGAGUACUUCCAGAAUCAACUCUUGACCAAAGGCCUGUCACAUAUUCUGGAGAAGAUUAGACUUUAUGAGGGUGACAGUCAACUCCUUAUCCUGUCUGAGAUGUGGGUCAGGUUCUUCACUGGGAUCUUGCCCACGCUCCAGGCUAUAUUCUAUCCUGUUCAGGGUCAGGAGCUUACCGUCAGACAGAUGGCUCUACUGGGCUUCAGAGACCUGGUCCUGUUGAAGCUCUCCCUGGAAGACCUACUGCCCAUUGCCACAGUCCCCCCAGCCAUCACACAAAUGCUGCUGAUUCUGCAGGGCAUCCAUGAGUCUAACGGGCCCAGUCAAGAGUACUAUCAGCUAGAGGGAUUGGUCGAGACAGUCAUCUCGCCUUACCUGGGGAACGUCCUCCACGUUAGCAACACCAACUGCUUCGUAGAAUGCCGAGCACCACUUUCCAGGUUAAGAGGAGUGGCACAACCAGAGAUCACUGUUACUCAUCAUCAUGCCUCAGACUCCUCCUCUCUGGCUCCCCUAGUGGAGCAGGAGGGGGAAUCCUAUCUGGAGAAGGUGGGAGGAGUCCGACGCCACACAGUGGCCAAUGCACACUCCGACAUACGGCUGCUCUCAGCUUCUGGCAGGAUGCAGCCUGGGAUGGAGGAGGACAGUGGUGGCGGUGGUGGGAACGGGAUGGCAGGCAACGGCAUGCUGCCCAGGCCUUUCUCCAGCCAUCCAGACAUCCUGGAAUCCCCACUGGGAGUGGUGGGGCCCUUUAGAAAGCAGAGAUCGACUGAAAUCAGCUGCCAUCCUCCCAGCUAACCAGUGAUAGCAGCUGGAGACCAUUGUUGUUAUUGAUUCCUGGAAACUGAGGGGAUAAAAAACAUCUCUGAGUGUGAACAGGGUGGUUGGGUGGAGUCCCUGUCACCCAGGGGCUUUCCCUCCUCUGUGCUCAGAGGCCAAAAUGUGGAAACAGUUGAUUGUUUACGUACAGCUCUGUUACCCGAAUUGCCAACAUGUCAGAUCAAUUCACAUUAUUUUAUUCCUGGGACGCAUUCCUCGGUUGGAACUGAUUGAUGACAGGCAUCUACCGUAACAGCUAGUGUUUUUACCCUAUUUAACCUCUCAUAAGGACACAGGGGACAGUGAGAUCUGAGCCUCAUGUAAAGAAAGUAUAUUUGUGACUGACCGCCUCGAUUUGGUCUUUUGUAACAUUGUUUUAGUAUUUUUUUUACAUUAGAUAAAAGUUGACUCCCUAGACUCACAGCUAGAAAAACUGUAUAUCAUACACUGCAGUUGAGGAACAAAUGGGAAAGUAAUUCUGCUUUGAAAGUUGAAAAACUUGUAACCCCACUUUUGAGAAAAUGGUCCUUGAAUGUUUGGUACACGAGCUCUUCUUAUUCCACACCCAUUCAGCAUCGUUUACACCCUCUUAAGACUUAGCCCAACCAAUCUCUUUCACGUGUGAGGCAAUGUGCUAAACAGUGAGUAUGGUAGUGUACAACCAAAGAUUUCAAGACUAAAGGCUGGUUUAUACUACAUCUAUCAACAGUUGUCACAGUGACAUCAUGAACAUUCUAUUGUCGUCCGACAAGUGUUGUUGUUCUGAAAAAUUAUUAACAAAAAAAAUGACAUCAUGCAUGACUUCAGCAGCCUGGGGGUCCAAAAUAGCAUAACUGGUGCGUAUUAACACCAAUAAACCCAUCUGUUUAAAAAUUAAAAGCAACUUUCGAAACAAUGUUUUUGGUUAGUUUCUAGCCUGUUAGAAGGUGUAAAUGGUACAGUGAAAUGGUUCCUUGAAUAGUGGAGUCUUUUGUUUAGACAUGUAGCUAGCUAGCUAAACAAUGAACCAUAAUCCCAACUCAUAACAUUACUACCCUGCAUGAAUCUACAGGUAGAUAAAUCUAGCCAACUAGCUGGGUUCAAUGUUAGCUAUCUAGCUAAGAUUAGGCUAUAACUAGCAAUUACAAAUGGCUCUGAGAUAUGCAUAACGUUACUACACAGAUCACACAUGUAACAUUAACUUGCGCCAGACAGCUAAUGUUAGCUAGCUAACAGUAAGCUUUAACUUGCAAUGAAAAUGACUUUCUGUCUAAAUAUAUCUGAAAAUGUAGCAAGCUACAUGGAUGAACGUUUCUCCAUCUCUGUCACGGAUGCCAUGCUUGCCCUUAGUUUCAAAUAAAAAAAUUUAUUUGUCACAUACACAUGGUUAGCAGAUGUUAAUGUGAGUGUAGCGAAAUGCUUAUGCUUCUAGUUCCGACAAUGCAGUAAUAACCAAUGAGUAAUCUAACCUAACAAUUUCACAACAGCUACCUUAUACACACAAGUGUAAAGGGAUGAAGAAUAUGUACAUAAAGAUAUAUGAAUUAGUGAUGGUACAGAACGGCAUAGGCAAGAUGCAGUAGAUGGUAUCGAGUACAGUAUAUACAUAUGAGAUGAGUAAUGUAGGGUAUAAUAAUAUUAUAUUAAGUGGCUAGUGAUACAUUUUUUACAUACAUUUUUACAUUAUUAAAGUGGCUGGAGUUGAGUCAGUAUGUUGGCAGCAGCCACUCAAUGUUAGUGGUGGCUGUUUAACAGUCUGAUAGCCUUGAGAUAGAAGCUGUUUUUCAGUCUCUCGGUCCCUGCUUUGAUACACCUGUACUGACCUCUACUUCUGGAUGAUAGCAGGGUGAACAGGCAGUGGCUCAGGUGGUUGAUGUCCUUGAUGAUCUUUAUGGCCUUCCUGUGACAUCGGGUGGUGUAGGUGUCCUGUAGGGUAGGUAGUUUGCCCCCGGUGAUGCGUUGUGCAGACCUCACUACCCUCUGGAGAGCCUUGUGGGCGGAGCAGUUGCCGUACCAGGUGGCGAUACAGCCCGACAGGAUGCUCUCGAUUGUGCAUCUGUAGAAGUUUGUGAGUGCUUUUGGUGACGAGCCAAAUUUCUUCAGCCUCCCGAGGUUGAAGAGGCGCUGCUGCACCUUCUUCACCACGCUGUGUGUGUGGGUGGACCAAUUCAGUUUGUCCAUGAUGUGUACGCCGAGGAACUUAAAACUUACUACCCUGUCCACUACUGUCCCGUCGAUGUGAUAGGGGGGUGCUCCCUCUGCUGUUUCUUGAAGUCUACGAUAAUUUCCUUUGUUUUGUUGACGUUGAGUGUGAGGUUAUUUUCCUGACAUCACACUCCGAGGGCCCUCACCUCCUCCCUGUAGGCUGCCUCGUUGUUGGUAAUCAAGCCUACCACUGUAGUGUCGCCUGCAAACUUGAUGAUCGAGUUGGAGGUCUGCAUGGCAAUGCAGUCGUGGGUGAACAGAGAGUACAGGAGAGGGCUCAGAACGCACCCUUGUGGGGCCCCAGUGUUGAGGAUCAGCGGGGUGGAGAUGUUGUUUCCUACCCUCACCACCUGUGGGCGGCCCGUCAGGAAGUCCAGUACCCAGUUGCACAGGGCGGGGUUGAGACCCAGGGUCUCGAGCUUGAUGACGAGUAAGGAGGGUACUAUGGUGUUAAAUGCUGAGCUGUAGUCGAUGAACAGCAUUCUCACAUAGGUAUAGGUAUUGAUAGGUAUUCCUCUCUACAGUGUGGUUGUGAUUGCGUCAUCUGUUGGACCUGUUGGGGCGGUACGCAAAUUGGAGUGGGUCAAGGGUGUCAGGUAGGGUGGAGGUGAUAUGGUCCUUGACUAGUCUCUCAAAGCACUUCAUGAUGACGGAAGUGAGUGCUACGGGGCGGUAGUCGUUUAGCUCAGUUACCUUAGCUUUCUUGGGAACGGUGGCCCUCUUGGCCCUCUUGAAGCAUGUGGAGACAGCAGACUGGGAUAAGGGUUGAUUGAAUAUGUCCGUAAACACACCAGCCAGCUGGUCUGCGCAUGCUCUGAGGACGCGGCUAGGGAUUCCGUCUGGGCCUGCAGCCUUGCGAGGGUUAACACGUUUAAAUGUUUUACUCACGUCGGCUGCAGUGAAGGAGAGUCUGCAGGUUUUGGUAGCGGGCCAUGUCAGUGGCACUGUAUUGUCCUCAAAGCGAGCAAAGGAGUUGUUUAGUUUGAAGAUGCAAUCCAGACAGGUGCUUUAAACAACAGCCUUAUGUGUUCUCUUAUCGACCGCCUCCGCAUUUACAAUCAUACGCCUAAAUCUCCUUAGCUAUAAUACUCUGCUUCCACCAGUCAUUCCACUGAUUUCAAAACUCGAUCCUCCAGAACGUGGAGAGCCUUAGCAACAUUUGUGCAGUUCUCAUGACACCUUUCAAAAAAGCCACUUUAGAAAGAAUUACCUUCACAUACUACGCAGCUCAUGAUAUAGACAUAAGCGUGCUACAUAGCAGACCAUUCUGAACAUAUCUCUCGGCAUGUCCAGCAAAUCCAUUAUCUCAGCCAAUCAUGGCUAACAGGAAGGUUCCUCUUUUUUGCUAUGGCUUUAACAACUAUGCUCGUACUAUACCAAUUUUGUUUGUAUUUAAAGAUGGCAUACAAGUUUAUUGUUAAGGCACAUGAAAGUUCACAUGUUCCAGAAGGCAUUUCUGCCCAAAACGGCAUUUUUAUAAUAAAAAAAAAUAAAAAAAAUAUGUUCAAACGCCUCUCCUGUGAAGUUGUGACGCGCGACUUGACGCCUAGUUUCCUGAAACGAGUAACAUUGCACUGUGUAAGAGUCACCAUUGCAAGGAAUGUCUGUGCUGCUGAGUUAACACGAAAGACAAACUGUCACACCCUGACCUCAGAGAUCCUUUUUAUGUCUCUAUUUGGUUUGGUCAGGGUGUGAUUUGGGGUGAGUAUUCUAUGUUCUAUUAUUUGUAUUUCUAGGUUUUUGUAGGGUUCUCAAUCAGGGACAGAUGUUUAUCGUUAUCUCUGAUUGAGAACCAUACUUAGGUAGCCCUUUCCCACCUGUCUUUGUGGGAAGUUGACUUUGUUUAGGGCACAUAGCAGUUAGCUUCAUGGUUUGUUUUGUAGUGUUUAUUGUUUUGUUCGACAUCUUUUUAAAUAAAGGAAUAUGUACGCUG